AUGUGUUUCUUUAGUCUCGACUCCGUGGACCCGCAACUGUUUCUUGUGGUGUACAUUGAGUUGAUGGAGUAUCCCCUGCCUGGACCUGUUGUUGCCCUUCUCCAGCAAGAGAAGGCGUCCCUGGCACCCAAAUCGUACUUUAUCAGUUCUGGUAAAAAAUCGAUUAAGAUCACAUUGGUUUACGCUAAAGGUGAGCAGCCUACCUGUCCUAAUUUUUCCACAUCUGAGGAGAAAAAGAAAUCCCGUCACCGAUCAUCCUCAGCCAAGCCUACCAGCAAAUCUUCAACCAGACGAACCAGAAGUAAGAAUCUCUCGGAGUCUUCGAGUUCUCCCAACACCGACCAGGCCUCCGGCAGUCUCUCACAGAGCGACAUAGAACCGGCAAGCAUCAGUCCUGAUCUACGUCUGCACGAAAGUCGAGGAGGUCGCGAAAGAAUGUCCACAGCGGACAGCGGUCACCCUUCCUCUGCCUGCACUAUCGCUAAUGAGCACGAUGUCCGUUCUGAAAGUGGUUCUGAGGGCGGGGAUGAAGGUUGUGACUCUUUCAGUUCUUCUGAUUCCGAGAAACCACGAACGCCCGGUAGAGAUAUCGCAGUGCCAGCGUCUUCAAUAGGUCCCGGGGAAACACCAGCAGCUAGACGAGACGAAAUGUGGCAAACGUGGACCAGAAUCCCAAGAACACAAGCAUCCAAUCGUAGAUUUUUGGCAGCGCCGAUUUCCACAGUCCGUCGAUCAUUAUCUCCGUCUACAUCCUCUGUUCAAAGGACCACAACAUCCACUGUCACACAGCGAAGGCCACGCCUGCACGAAGGCGUGUCGUGGGAUGGUUCGGAAAACUUAUGA